AUGAAAGAUCUUAUCUCUUGGCUUAGUGCCAUUACGCUUCUGCAGGGAGCAAUUGCGAUACCCCAUGGGGCAGGCAGUAAAUUCAAUCCCAUUAAGCGUGAUGCUGAUGUGGAGUACAUUACUGUUCCAAGUGAAUAUGUCGUCUGGGUGAACCAGUAUGGUAGCACCAUUCGUGUGGAGACUAAUGGAUGUAUUGUGACGAAGCCAGUUGAGACUCAGGCUAUGCCUACUGUGAUUCCUUCGCCGUCUUCGACUUCCGUCUUCGGUGUGGAUGCUACUACUGAGGAGGCCCGGGUUCCUUCGUCAUCAGCUUCCUUUUCCCUAGUUUCGGUCCCUUCUGCUGCGAUCCCUACGUCUGAAAGCAAAUUGCAGACGCCAUCAUUCUCUCAUGGUGCUCACCAGAUGUCUCAUCCUCCAGAGUUUGUCCCAGGACCUGAUUAUGUCCCGUCAAACCAGAUCGGGAUCUCUUAUUCGCCCUACAACGAUGACAGUAGCUGCAAGACCCAGGAUGAGGUCAACAGUGACUUCGAGAAGAUGACCGGCUACCCCCUUGUCCGAAUCUACGGUGUUGACUGCAAUCAAAUCACCACCGUCACGAAUGCUGCCAAAAGACACAACAUGAAGCUGUUUGCUGGAAUCAAUGAUUUGACUGACCUUCCUGGCAGUCUGAAGACACUGACUGAGGCUGUUAAUGGGGACUGGUCACCCUUCGACACCAUUUCUAUCGGAAAUGAGCUGGUUAACAGCGGACAGAACUCUCCUGGCGAUGUCAUUAAUGGUGUAAACACGGCCCGUCAGACACUUCGUGCGGCCGGCUACAAGGGCCCAGUUGUCACUGUCGACACAUUUGAUAUCAUGAUCAAGCAUCCCGAGCUCUGCCAUGCCUCUGAUUAUUGCGCAGCAAACUGCCAUGCGUUUUACGACUCGGACAUGACUGCAGCAGGAGCGGGCCCUUAUGUCAAGCAGCAAGCUGAACAGGUGUCAAAAGCUGCUGGUGGAAAACGAACCGUCAUCACGGAGUCAGGCUGGCCUAACUCAGGCCAGGCCAAUGGAGCCGCGGUACCUUCGAAGGAGAACCAGCGACUUGCAAUCGACAGCUUGAAGAAAAGCUUCUCUGAUGGCGGCAUAAUCUUGUUCACGGCCUUUGAUGACAAGUGGAAGCAGAACAAUCGCUGGACCUAUGGCGCGGAGCAGUUCUGGGGCAUCCUGUGA